GUAAUCUUAAUUCAUAGUCCCUACCUGUGCACUCAUCUGAUUUAUGCCUUCGCCAGUAUGACAGAUAACAAACUCACCACCUAUGAAUGGAAUGAUGAAACUAUGUAUGUGAAAUUCAAUGAUCUGAAAAAAAAAAAUUCCAAGCUGAAAACACUUUUAGCUAUUGGAGGUUGGAAUUUUGGUACCAGCAGAUUUACUAGCAUGGUGGCUACAUCGCAGACUCGCAAAAUAUUUAUCGAUUCUUCAAUCGAUUUUCUGAGGAAGCAUGGAUUUGAUGGUUUAGACCUGGACUGGGAGUAUCCUGGAUCCCGAGGCAGUCCACCGGAAGAUAAACAACGUUUCACAGUCUUGGUUAAGGAAUUGCUAGCGGCCUUUAAAAAAGAGGCACAAUCUUCCAGCAAGGACAGACUUCUGCUGACAGCUGCUGUUGCUGCUGGAAAAGAAACCAUCGAUGCCGCAUAUGAGAUAUCCAAAGUUUCAAAAUACUUGGACUUCAUCUCUGUUAUGGCAUAUGAUUAUCAUGGCUCUUGGGAGAGAGUGACAGGACACAACAGCCCUCUGUAUCAUGGCUCUACUGACCGAGGCCAAUUUAUUUACUAUAAUGUCAACUUCACUAUGAAUUACUGGAGAGAAAACGGUGCCCCAUCAGAGAAGCUGAUUGUUGGAUUCCCAACAUAUGGACGUACCUUCACCCUAAGCAUCUCACAAACAAGUGUUGGUGCUCCAGCGUCAGGUCCUGGUCAAGCUGGAAUAUUCACCAGGGAAGCUGGUUUCUGGUCCUUCUAUGAGAUCUGCAAAUUUUUGAGAGGUGCUACUAUUAAUUUUAUUGAAGACCAGAAAGUUCCGUACGCAGUCAAGGGUAACCAAUGGGUUGGAUAUGAUGAUCACCAGAGCUUUACAACCAAAAUUCAGUGGCUGAAGGCUCACAGUUUUGGAGGUGCCAUGGUAUGGGCUUUGGAUCUGGAUGAUUUUUCUGGAAAUACAUGCAGCCAAGGAGCUUACCCUUUAAUCAAUACUUUGAAGUCCCUCCUUAACAUUCAAAUUGCUGGCGGUGGUUCAAUAACACAUAACUCAACUUCAUCUGAAUCCACACCUCUCAAGCCAUCUGUUCCAAAAGUAGCUACACCAACUGACCCUCAUACAAGUACAAACAGCUGGUGUCAUGGCAAACUUCCAGGGUUGUAUGCUGAUCCAGAUGAUCGUCAAAAAUUUUACAACUGUGGUGGUGGACAAACCUUCCAUCUGUCUUGUCCUGAAACGUUGAUCUUUAGUCAAAAUUGUAAAUGUUGCAAUUGGCCUUAAUUAAUAUAACAUUGGUGAAUAUAUUUGUUGGUGACAAAUGCCAUCAAAGUAUGAAUGAAAUCUCAAAGUACAUAACAACAACAUGAAUAUGAUGGUGUGCAGUUUUGUCAUUAUAUUUACCAGAAUUGUAUUUCUCUAUUUUCAUUUUACUAGCCAGAUUGUUGAGAUAUGCUUGCUUAUUUUUUAGGAAAGAUGCUUUAUAACUAAAAAUGGUUUAGAGAAUCACACAAAGGUCAUUUAUUAACCAUUUGUCAAGAUGACCAUGUAUAAUGUAGUGAUGGGAGACCCUGAGAAUGAUUGUGUUGAUUUUGUAAUUGACUCUGGACGCAGUAAAUAAUGACCAACCUCAAUUCAUUAAAGUUGGCUUCUUUUUCCUGUAUUCCUCUGCUUUACCUGCUUUUUUUCCCCUAUCAUGCAGAAGAAUAAAACAAUUUAGGUUAAAAAAAA